UUUUUAGGUUGCGGUGUGUAAGAUUUUCGAUGGUGUUGGCGUCUUGUGUGGCGAUUUACAUUUAUUCAUGUUAAUGAAAUAAUAAUUAGCAGUCGUAGAGCCACCAAAAAUGUAUAAAAAUAUAGUCAAUAUGUUUAGUUACAAAGUAUUAGCGACAGUGCUUGUGCUGAUCUGUCACAGCUUUUACAACCCAACCGAUAGUGGGGCUGUACAAAUUACUCAAAACAAUUUAGAUAUGAUUUUAGCAUCAAAUGAAGUAGUGUUCAUAAAUUUCUACGCUGAGUGGUGUAAGUUUAGUAACAUGUUGAUGCCGAUAUUUGAUGAUGCGGCGGACGAGGUGUCAAAAGCGGGUUACGACCCCGGGAAGGUUGUGAUGGGGAAAGUGGACUGCGACAAAGAAGGUGCUAUAGCUACAAGAUUUCACAUCUCCAAGUAUCCUACACUAAAGCUGUUUAGAAAUGGUAUACCUGCUAAGAAGGAGUACAGAGGACAACGUUCAGUGGAGGCUUUUGCAGAAUUCAUUAAGAAACAGUUAACGGACUCUAUCAUAACAUUUGGAUCAUUGAAGGAGCUACUUGAUUUGAGUGAAGAGAAGCGGCAUAUUAUCGGCUACAUGGAUAGACGUGAUCAGGCAGAAUAUGAAAUGCUGAGGAAAGUAGCUGCCAAUCUUAAAGAUGAGUGUCUCUUUCACGCUGGAUUUGGAGACGCCUCUCAGCAAAUGCACCCUCCAGGCCAGCCCGUGGUUGUGUUCAGAGCUGAUAGAAAAAAAUCUAAUGAACCUGAUGAAACUUACAAAGGAUCUCUUACAAAUUUUGACGAAUUAUAUGCUUGGGUUCAGGAGAAAUGUAUCCCACUCGUUCGUGAAAUUACAUUUGAAAAUGCAGAAGAGCUUACUGAAGAAGGGCUGCCGUUCCUUAUCUUGUUCCAUCACCCCACUGAUACCGAAAGUGUUAAGAAGUACAAGGAUGUAAUCAACAGAGAACUGCAAUCGGAGAAACAGAACAUAAACUUUUUAACUGCUGAUGGCAAGCGUUUUGAGCACCCUCUCCAUCACCUGGGCAAAUCCACUUCUGAUCUUCCGCUGAUCGCUAUAGACUCCUUCAGACACAUGUACCUGUUCCCCGAUUACAACGACAUGGAGAAACCGGGGAAACUCAAACAAUUCUUACAAGAUCUCUACUCCGGGAAACUGCAUAGGGAGUUCCACUACGGUCCAGAUGUUCCUCAGAUCUCGGAAUCCAAUGUGAAAGUGACAACGCCUCCAGAGUCUACGUUCAAGAAGCUAGCACCAUCUAAGAACAGAUAUACACUGCUCAGAGAUGAGUUAUAAACUUGUGAA